AUGGGUGCCACUGCGAGCCGAUCGGCGGAGCCGACGACGUGUGUGGUGCCGGUCCUCGAGUAUUUCAAGCUGGUUCGCUCGCCUCAGCCCCAGCAUGUGCAAACGAUCCUCUUCCGCGGCCUCUUCUGGGACGUAAACGUGCGCCCGACGCGUUUCGUUGACGGCCUAGCGGACAAAUUGGUUGUUUCCCUGCGCGUCGACUUGAGCUUGAGGCACCAUCUCGAGUCGGCCCUCGGCAACCACAUCUCCAUAGAAAUCCUCGACGAGACCCGCGAGCACACAGUCUUCCGUGAGGACACCAUCAAGGGCAUGAUGCAACAAGAGGUCCAUCAGUCCUCGUGCCUGUAUGUUAACCGGAGGGAGCUGGAGGCAUCGUCGUGCGUGUUCGACGACCGCUUCACCAUCAGGUGUACCCUGAAGAAGACGCAGCAGGGAACAAAGCGGCGGUCCCUCCUCGGAAGCUUGUCCAAAUCCAACGCCAUCUUGGAGACGCCGCAAGUUGCAAUGGCCGGGGCCCACACACUCACCAUGUGCGGCAUCUCCGAGCUCAGGGUCGUGCUCCGGAACGGGGAGUGUAUCUACUCCACGCAGUUCACCGUGGGCGGAUGCACAUGGUAUCUCAAAUUCUGCCCCAGAUGGCACACGUGGGCCUUCCUGCGUCUCUUCCGUGCCAGCAUCGGGGACGAGACGCCGCCCACGACGGCGGAUUUUAGCUUCGAGCUCGAGGGAGAGGUGAACUUCAAGUCCAAGAAGAUGAGGCACACGUUCAGCGAUGCAGACCCUAAACACCUGCUAUUUCACUACCAGCCAAUUGUCCCGGCCACACACGAUGACCGCCUAGUUGUUCGGCUUUACCUCGCCGUUAUCAUGGCCGAGGACACUCCCCCGGUCGUCCCAAUGUGUACUGAAUCGGUGUUUACUCCACUACUCACCGCAAUGCAUGACUAG